AAACCCUCUCUGAAAAUGUCAUGUCCCAACAAUGUGACUUCUAACUCGUUUUUGAUGGACUCGUUGGCCGGUACCUGUAGAGGGGAGAAUUAUUCCUCCAGCCAAGGGAUGUACAUGCAGCCUGGGAGCGAUUUCAGCUGCGGAGUCAUGAGGAACUGUGGAAUUAUCCCGUCUCUUUCCAAAAGGGACGAGGUGAAUAGCGCUACCUUGUCUCUCAGCACCUAUCCAUCUUACCUUUCUCAGCUAGACACUUGGUGUGACCCCAAAAAUACGUACAGGAUCGAGCAACCUGUUGCAAGACAGCUCCCAUCCUGCUCCUUCCCAACCAAUGUCAAGGAAGAGAAUGUUUGCUGUAUGUAUAACGCUGACAAAAGGGCUAAAAAUGCCACAGAGGCAGCCCUCUACCCCAACCAAAUGCCUGAGCCUUGCCUAAAUGACCAUGAAGUCCCCGUUCCUAGCUACUACCGAGCAAGCCAAGGUUACCCCUCCAUGGAGAAGACGUCAAACUGCAGCAAUCCAAAUGAGUUUGAGGCAAGUUUUGAAUCCAGGGCGAGCCUGAACCCAAGGAACGAGCAUCUGGAACCAGCACCACCACCACCUCCUCCUCCUCCUCCUCCUCCGCCCCCGGUGGCUAAACUCCCCGGCCCCGGCCCCGCCGUGCCCGGCCCGGGGCGGCUCAGCCCCCGCCUCCCCCGCUCCGACGGCUCCGGAGCUUUGAGCGAAGGGCAGCGGUUCGCCCGGGCGCUAUUAAAAAAAGACCUGCGGAUUGAUCCACGCUAUAUUUUUGGGUAA